GCCUGCAAAUGGAAGGAAAUCUGUCUUAACUCUUCUGUCUUGCCUCUUGUGAUGGUUAUUCUUGGUCGUCAAAUUGGCUAUACAUGGAAUUAACUAAAAUUGCUACAGUUCCGGUACUGUGAAGGAUUUUUCAUGAUUAUAUCUUUUUAGGUUGUAAACUCUUUUUUAAAUCUGGAUCAUUUGAAGUGAAAAGAGAUAUCUUUAAUCUAGGCCACAGCUUCUGGUGGCAGACUACAUUUAUAAAGGUCACUGAAGAUGGUAAUUCUUUCUCCUGUUCUUCAUGUCUUACCCUGACCAGCAAGCUCAGUUUUUGGAAAACUGGCCUACUUAUUCCUAAUUGUGAUGUAGACUGAAGACCAGCAGUGUCAUCCAGCCACAUGGACUGAGCCACUACUAUAUUCUUCAUCUGUCCAUUUGCAGACAGCCAUUGUUGGACUGGUUGGACCACAGCUUACAAGCCAUUCCAAUAAAUCCACUUUCUACAUGUACAGAGAGAUCCGUUCUAUCAGUUUUGUCCAUUAGGAUACCUUUAUUAAUACAGCUGUGGGUUUUUUCCUCUUCGCACUAAGGAAGAUGUGCUGGCUAGCAAUAGUGUUGUGUAGAGUUUCUCAUCUCUUUCCUGCUUUUCUCCUGGGGCUGUGUAAAGUCUGAUGCCUACCAGGUGAAACAUAGCUGCAGUUUACCUGACCCGACCAUGAAACCACAGAACAAAAAUCUUAGUGUUUCCUAAAAAUCUCCUCAAUUGUCAAUAUUCUGGGUGCCCUUCCCCUAUGGACUGGAUUGUUUAUUACACUGCAAGUUAAAUAAUGGGCCCUGCAAGCUAUCUGCCUUGAUUACAGGAGGGAGAAGGGGAGUGCUGGAAGCCAGAAGCAAGACUUUCCCUCCCCCCUGCUGCUUGAGGAAUUCUCAGUUUGCAGAAGCCUUUCCCUUCCCCCUGCUCCUUGCCCUUUCCCUGCUGAUAUAAACAAGCCUUUCCCUGCCAGUGUAAAGAAGCUCAAGACUGCCUGCCCCCUUCCCCAUCUGAGGGGACUGUCUAAUGGUCAAAAUGACCACAACUGCCAUAGCAAGACUAGCUGUUCUCAAAAAUUUGCUAUAACAAUAAAAACGGUCCCUGGGACCCCGGCCUCAGUUUGAAUUCUAAGAUAAACCGACCUUGCUGACAAAGUUUCUGACAUCGCUGGCUGACACCAAAAGUAAAAAACAUAACUGUUACUUUGCUGGCCAACAUUGAUAAAGUUGUGUAACCCUCCCUCCAUGCCCCACAAAUAAAGAGUAGUUAAAAAAAACAAAAAACUGUAGUUUAAGCAGUUGGGAUUUACUCUCCCUGCGAGGCUGAGCAACCCUGUGCGCAUUGGAAUAAAAACCUGUCUUGCCAUUGCAGCGAUCUAUUGUCAAGCUGUGUCUCUAGGGGUCGCGUUCUCAACAUUUGGGCCCCUGGGGUCCUAGCACAACCCCUUUGCUUUAUCCCAUCAGUGCACUCUCACCCUAUUAUCUGGAAAACGGUCGGCCCUGGAACAGCAACGUGGGCCAGGAAUCAUUAAACUGAGUCCCUUCAUCACACACUAACCUUAAGGGAGUUGCUUAUGUCAUUCAAGACUCGCUGGCCAAUCACGGCCUCCAGUCUGACCUGCCAGUCAGAAGUGGAGGCGGGUGCUUCCCGGUGCUAUGCUGCCGGUUCCAAACUAUAUCUGAGGAGUGUGGUGUGGUUUGUGUGUCCUGCUCUGUGUGCUACUGCUGGGUGCUGUGAGGGGAAUUCAGACGAGCUCAGACCUCGCGACAUGGAUGCAUUGACCUUUGAUGAUGUGCAUAUACACUUCACUCGGGAGGAGUGGUCCUUGCUGGAUCCAUCUCAGAAGAGACUUUACCAAGAUGUCAUGCUGGAGAACUACAGGAAUCUCACCACUAUAGGGUACAAUUGGAAAGAUCAUAACAUUGAAGAACAUUCUCAAAAUGAUAGAAGAUAUGGAAGGCACGAAAGAAGUCCUUCUGCAGAGAAACCCUAUGAAUAUACACAAUGGAAUAAAGCCUUCAAAUAUCACAGUCAUCUUCAAAAGCUUGAAAGAAACCAAACUAGAGACAGACACUCUGAAGUCUUUCAACAUAGUAAAGUGCAUGCAUGUCAAAGUACUCUCCAAAUAAAUAAAAGAACAAAUACUGCACAGAAACCCUACAAAUGUAAUGAAUGUGAUAAAGCCUUCUUAAAGCUCAAGUAUCUUCGAGCACAUGAAAGAACACAUUCUGGGAAGAAACCCUAUGAAUGUAGUCAAUGUGGUAAAGCCUUUUUGCAUCCCUGCUAUCUUCGAAUUCAUGAAAGAACACAUACUGGAGAGAAACCUUACCAAUGUAAUCAAUGUGCUAAAGCCUUUACUCUAAGGAGUCAGCUUCAAAGCCAUAAAGUAGUACAUACUGGAGUGAGACCCUACAUAUGUAAGCAGUGUAAUAAAGCCUAUCCACAGCAGAGUUAUCUCCGAAAACAUGAAAGAACACAUACUGGAGGGAAACCUUAUAUAUGUAAUCUGUGUGAUAAAGCCUAUUCACACCAGAGUAAUCUCCGAAUACAUGAAAUAACACAUACUGGAGAGAAACCUUAUAUAUGUAAUCUGUGUGAUAAAGCCUAUUCACACCAGAGUAAUCUCCGAAUACAUGAAAGAACACAUACUGGAGAGAAACCUUAUAUAUGUAAUCUGUGUGAUAAAGCCUAUUCACACCAGAAAUAUCUCCAAAUACAUGAAAAAACACAUACUGGUGAGAAACCCUAUAAAUGUAAUCAGUGUGAUAAAGGCUUUGCACAGCUCAGGUACCUUCGAGCACAUGAAAGAACACAUACUCAAGAGAAAACCUACAAAUGUAAUCAAUGUGGUAAAGCCUUUGCACAGCUCACCUAUCUUCGAGUACAUGAAAGAAGACAUAGUGGAGAGAAACCCUACAAAUGUAAUGAAUGUGAUAAAGCCUUUUUACAGCUCAAGUAUCUUCGAUUACAUGAAAGAAGACAUAGUGGAGAGAAACCCUAUGAAUGUAAUCAAUGUGGUAAAGCCUUUUUACAUCCCAGCUAUCUUCGAAUGCAUGAAAGAACACAUACUGGAGAGAAACCUUACCAAUGUAAUGAAUGUGAUAAAGCCUUCUUACAUCCCAGCUAUCUUAGAAUGCAUGAAAGAAGACAUAGUGGAGAGAAACCCUAUGAAUGUAAUCAAUGUGGUAAAGCCUUUUUGCAAUCCCACUAUCUUCGAAUGCAUGAAAGAACACAUACUGGAGAGAAACCCUAUGAAUGUAAUCAAUGUGGUAAAGCCUUUUUACAUCUCAGCUAUCUUCGAAUGCAUGAAAGAAGACAUAGUGGAGAGAAACCCUAUGAAUGUAAUCAAUGUGGUAAAGCGUUUUUAUAUCCCAGCUAUCUUCGAAUGCAUGAAAGAACACAUAGUGGAGAGAAACCCUAUGAAUGUAAUCAAUGUGGUAAAGCCUUUUUACAUUCCAGCUAUCUUCAAAUGCAUGAAAGAACACAUAGUGGAGAGAAACCCUAUGAAUGUAAUCAAUGUGGUAAAGCCUUUUUGCAACCCCACUAUCUUCGAAAACAUGAAAAAACACAUACUAGAGAGAAACCUUACAAAUGAGAUCAAUGUGGUAAGGCCCUUACACAAAGCAGUCAUCUUAAAACCCAUAAAGUAAUAUAUACUGGAGGGAGACUCUAAAUAUGUAAUCAGUGUGAUGAAGCCUAUUCACACCGGAGUCAUCUUCCAAUACAUGAAAAAGCACAUACUGGAGAGAAACCUUAUAAAUGUAAUCAGUGUAUGAAGUCGUUUUUAUCUCACAGUCAUCAUCAAGCUGAUGAAAGAAUUUAUACUGGAUAGAAACCCUACAAAUAUAAUGAAUGUGAUAAAGCUUUUUCACAGCCCAGGUGUUUUCGAAUACAUGAAAGAACACAUACUGGAGAGAAACCUUACCAAUGUAAUCAGUGUGAUAAAGCCUUUGCACAAGGCAAUAAUCUCAAACUGCAUACAAGGAUGCAUAUUGGAGAGAUCCCUAUGAAUGUAAUCAAUGUGGUAAAGCCUUUGCAUAUGACUAAUCUUUUGGGAUGCAUAAAAGAACAGAUACUAGAGAGAAACAUUACCAACAUAAUCAAUGUAGUAAAGCCUUUGCAGAAAGCAGUCAUCUUCAAACCCGUAACAUACUACAUACUGGAGAGCCUCUACAAAUGAAAUCAGUGUGAUAAAGCUUCUUCACACGAGAGUGGUCUCCAAAUACAUAAAAGGAAACAUCUGUAGAGAAACCUUAGAAAUGUAGUCAAUGUGAUGACGCCUAUUCACAACACAAUGGUCUUACCUACAAUAACUCAUACUGGAGAGAAACCCUAUGAAUGUAAGGGAUUUGGUAAAGUCUUUGCACAUUAUAAUACGCUCCAAUAACAUAAAAACGACCAUACUGAAAAAACUCUAUGAAUGUAAUCACAGGGUGAAGCAUUUGAACAUCACAGUUGUCUCUAGAAACAAAAAAGGAACCAUCUAGGAAAGAACCCCUAUAAAGUUCUUUAACAUGGUAAGGUCUUUGCACAUAUCUGUAGUCUUCAUCCUCAUGGAAGGAUUCAUACAGUAGAGAAACCAUAUGAACAAAAGAAAUGUGGUAAUGCUUUUGCUCAUCACAGUUAUCUCUUAUUAUAGAAAAAAGGAGAUAUUAGAGAAAGAUCCUACAAGUAUGAUAGAAGUAAUGAAGCCAUUGCACAACACAGUUAUCUCUGACUACAUUAAAGGAUAGAUAAUGAUGACAAACACUAUAAAUGUAAUAAAUGGGGUAAGCCCAUUAUAUAACAUGGUCAACUUUGAAUACAGAAAAAGACAUACUAGGCAGGAACCCUAUGAAUAUAAGCAAUGUAGUAAACACAUGAAACCAUUCAUACUGGAGAGAAACAGUAUUGAAGGUAUUAAAUAUGGUGAAGUCUUUGCUUGUAACAGUGGUCUUUAGAUACACACACACAAAUCAUAAUGUGGAAGAGCAACCAUCCAAAUAUAAUUGAUGUGAUAAACCAUUUUUAUAAGUUAUCUUUGAAUACAUCAAAGAACACAUACUGAAGAGAAAAAAUAUGAAUGUAAGCAAUAGUGUGGCGCCUUUUCGUAUUAAGGUAAAAGAAUAUAUGCUCUGGAAAAACCCUUCAAAACCAGUCUGUGAGAUGAAGCCAUUUUACAUCACAGUCAUCUUCAAAAGCAUGCAAAGAGUCGUUCUGGAGAGAAACCUUAUGAAUGUAUUUUAAAUUGUAAAGCCUUUGGAAAUUUCUGUAGCCUUCAUGAUCGUGAAAGUAUUCAUAGAGGAGUGAAUCUCUGUGAAUGCAAACAAUGUGGUAAACCCUUUGCUUACACAUCACAGUUCUCACCAAAUGCAGAAAACAACACAUACUGGCAAGAAACCUUAUGAGUAUAUUUAAUAUUGUGAAGCCUUUGCACAUUUCUGUCAUCAUCAUGACUAUUUAUACUGAAGACAAGGCCUGUGAAUGCGAGCAACGUGGCAAACUCUGCUUCCUUGCAAAAUGUUUAUUUAGGAGCCCUGUCUCGAAAUCCCUCCCCAAAUUUUUUUUCUUUGGAUCGUAUAGAAUCCAUUCUCCUCAUUGAUGAUAUCCAACAUUGCUUUUCUUUAUAUUGUUUUCUGGAAGUACAUCAUUUUGAUGGUGCUGGAAAGAACCAAGAUGUCCUUCAACAAAGAAAUGGAUGUAGAAAAUGUGGCAUAUUUACACAAUGGAGUACUACUCAACUAUUAAAAACAAUAAAUUAAUCAGAUUCUUUGGCAAAUGGAUAAAAGUAGAAACUAUUAUCCUGAGUGAGGUAACCCAAUCAGAAAAGAAGAUACAUGGAAUGGACUCACUGAUAAGUGAAUAUUAGCCGAAAAGUUCUGAAUACCCAAGAUAGAAUUCACAGACCGUAUGAAGCUCAAGGAGAAGGAAGACCAAAGUGUGGGUGCUUCUGUCCUUCUUAGAAAGGGGAACAAAAUAUUUAUGGGAGUAAAUUGAGGUUCAAAGUGUAGAGCAGAGAUUGAAGGAAAGUGAUCCAGAGACUGCCAUAUCUGGGGAUCCAUCCUGUAUACAGUCACCAAACCCAGACACUGUAGUGGAUGCCAAAACGUGCUUGCUGAAAGGAAGCUGAUACAGAUGUCUCCUGAGGAGCUCUGCCAGAGACUGACCAAUACAGAAGCACAUGAUAGCAGCCAACUAUUGGAAUGAGCACCUUAAUGGAGGAUUUAGAGAAAGGACUAAAGGAGCUGAAGGGUUGGCAACCCCAUAGGAUGAACAACAAUAUCAACCAACCAGAGCUCCCAGGGACUAAGCCACCAACCAAGGAGUACACAUGGAGGGACCCAUGGCACCAGCUGCAUAUGUAGCAGAGGAUGGCUUUGUGAAGCAUCAAGGGGAGGAAAGGCCCUUAGUCCUGUGAAAGCUUGAUGGAUACCCCAGUGUAGGGGAAUUCGAGUGUGGAUAUGGUGGGAGUGGGCUGAUGAGUGGGGGAACACCCUCAUAGGAGCAGGGAAAGCGGGGAUGGGGUAGGGAGUUUACUGAACCAGGGAACUGUGAAAGGGGACAAUAUUUGAAAUGUAAAUAAAGAAAAUAUCCAAAAAAAUAUAA